AUGUCUCAGCUCCGCAGAUUCGCACAGACGAACAACGCUACGGUGGGGACGUCGACCCCUCGGCGUGGCAGUACCUCUGCGUCGCCAGCGUCGGUGCCCUCGACGCCUCUCCGAGGCACUCCAGUCCCUGUUACGCCGCGCACUCGCCUUGUGUACCCGAUUUCGCCGGCUACGUCUCCUUCGAUAUCAGCAUCCACACCAUUUGACUGGGAGGCAGCGCGUUCACAAAGGCCACCUCCGUACGCCACCCCACUUCAGGGAAAACGUGUCAGAGGGCUCCGGCAGAGCGAGGUGGGCACACCGGGUGCGGCAUCGCCCGGACCUCUAACACCCGGAGGCAAAAGGAGUCAGCGUGUUGUACGCAAGAAAGGCUUGGUUGAGCGGAUCUCCUCCAUUCCGUCCGAGAUAGCCUUCCAGAUAUCACUUUUCCCGCAUAAUGUCCCCCUACCCUCUUCGGUAACGUCGGCAUAUCUCCUUGGUGGAUUUCUGCACUUUCUGCAUCUAUGCGUACGCGUCGCGCGCAUCAGCAGGGUGCCAGAUUCAGAUCUCGGCUGGGAAGACAUGUAUAGGGAGGGAGAAGGGGAUUCUUGGUUUGACUGGACAAUACCAACAGCCACCAUCCUUUUCAGUGCUGCGGUCCUCAAUACGCUGUAUCUUUUCACACGCACCCGGAUAUAUCAGCUCACUCUUGCCUCAGACCCAGUUUCGUCCCCGCACGCUGCUUAUGUCUCUCGCCCGCGCGUUGUCCGACCCCAAGACGACAAUGAGCCCCCCAGGCGGCGCAUACAACUAGGAUCUCUCGCACUGUCUUUGCUCUCACAUCUCGGGCGCGCCCUCAUGCUCUCGAUACGCUUCCUGCUGAACUUGAGCCCGCCAAAGGCACGUGAACAAACUAUCAGAGGCAUCAACUCGACAGAGCGCAUACAGCAGCUUGAGGUCUGGACUCCCGGCGAAUUAGAGAGCACGCUGUUCGCAAUCUACUCUCCCGUCCAUGCCCUGCUGUGGACAGCGGUCACGAGCGCAAAUUGGAUGCUUAUAUGCUGCAUCAUGGGGACGGUGAGCGUGCAGAUGAGGGCGAUGACGCGUGCCUAUGAAACAUUACUGAAGGACCGCGCUAUUAUCGCCGCUGAGGUGUUGCAUGAAUAUGACGAAAAGUUCGUGUAUCCGCGCGUUAUGCCCGUCCGCAAAGACGCCGCCGUUAUGACCCAUCAGUCCGAAAUGGUCGACGUUUGGACCAACUAA